UUGUGCAGCACCUCACAGUGAGCAGGGGAAAGGAGACUUGAAAGUAGGACAGAGCAGUCUGGCCCCUUUCCUUUCAAACCAGAAGCACAGAUUUUUGACUGGAGGAGAGAAGAUACUAGUCUUGGGUGCAGAGAGAAAGGAAGAAGAGAUUUUCUUGCUGCAGUCACUGAGGAAAGAAGCCCCCAGGACACAGACCAGUGUGUCUACAUUGCAGAACAUCCAAUUUUAUAAAGAUUUCCUAUUUUAUCAGGGGAAGAAUAUUCACUGAACAGAAAUAUCACCACCUGGGAACAUGCACAAGCGUACAAAGAUUAAGAUUGCCAUCUUUGUGCUGCUGGUGGGCAUGGCAUGCAUGUUCACAGCAGUGGUAACGGACCACUGGGCAGUGCUUAGCCCAAAGGUGGAAAAACUCAAUGAGACCUGCGAAGCGGCCCACUUCGGCCUGUGGAGGCUGUGCAAGAAGCAUAUCUACAUCACUGCAGAAAACUACGUGGAAGAGCACGGCUGCGGACCCAUCAGCCUGCCUGGAGAAGAAAAUUGCACUUACUUCAGGCACUUCACUCCAGGGCAGGAUGCUGAGAUAUUUGAAUAUACAACACAGAAAGAAUACAACAUCUCUGCUGCAGCCAUCGCCAUCUUCAGUCUGGCCUUCAUGAUUCUUGGGUCUCUUUGUCUGCUGGGCUCAUGUACUGGCACAAGCAAAAAAAGAGACUACCUCCUUAAACCAGCUGGCAUGUUUUUUGCAUUUGCAGGUCUCUGCUCGUUCAUCUCACUGGAGGUGAUGCGUCAGUCAGUAAAACGCGUGAUUGAGAGUGAGGACACAAUUUGGAUUGCAUACUACUAUGGCUGGUCCUUUGCUUGUGCCUGCACUGGCUUUGUCCUCCUCUUUCUCUGUGGCUUUGCACUCUUGAUCCUCUCCAUGCCCCAGAUGCCCAGGAAUCCAUGGGAAACUUGCAUGGAUGCUGAGCCGGAACAAGUUGAGUGACAGCAAGACAUACGGACAAAUGCAGGAAAAGAAGGACGGUCUUAUUUUGAAUACAAAUGUUAGAUUAGACAAGAACAGCUUGUCAUCAGAGAGUAGGAUGAAAACAAACAAUGUUACUGUAUCUUCCAUGCAGGAACUAUAAAAAGGGCCUUUUGUAUGAGUUUAAUUUUUCCUUAUCCUGUAUGUCAAAUCACAGUGUAAAGAGUAGUUCUUUGCAACACCUACAAUUUCAUGUUGUAGUCCGCAGUUUAAAUCUGACCUGUGGCUUAAGACCUGCUCUAAUUGUCACUAAGAGCACACACUGCUCACAUGGUAUUUGCAAGCAUUUUUACUGUUGCCUUUCCCCUCCAGCUCAUAUUUUACUGGCAUAUUUUUACUGAUGAUAAGUUAUUGUAAUAUUACUAUGGACUUUCUUGGCUCCCAUGUGUGGCUCCUUAGCUGAAAUGACAUUGUAUUUUGAGAAGAAAAUGAGUACCAAUGGCCUGACAUGCAGGCCAGUUGAUUUUAUGCACUGCAUAAUGUAUGAUAUGUUGUACAUAGCUAGUGGUGUUCUGUAUUUUUUAUAGCAUCAAUCCAGGAAGCCCUCUUAUAUUGUCAAUUAAAACAACUCAUUUUCUAGCUUUAUACAGCUUAAACUGUGUACCUCUAGGAUGUAUAUUUAAAAACAUCAUUUAAAGAUAAAUAAUGGUGCAUAAGUCUAGAACUUCAUGGGUAAAGGAAAGAUCUUGAGCAAACCACUUGCUCAGAGUACGUAUGUGUAUGUGUGUGUGUGGCAAGCUGAAUGUUAAACACCCACAGUCUGCAGCACCAGUCAUGCUGGAAAAGAUUCAGUUCUAGCAGGUGCACAUACAAGGCCUUGACAACUCCCAUGCCAAACUGAUACAAAAAAUGUCUUUGUUCAUUUUCCUGUGUCGUCAUGACCCAUUUGACCCAUAUGGCAAAUGUGCAUUUCCAUCCGUAUAUGCAGUUAACAUAGAGGACAUAAAAAGCCCCCCCGAGGUUCACGAUGUGUCACUGAACUGUAACCCUACAUGCAGUUUCAGACAGAUGAGCUGUAAUAAAACUUUAUUAAAACUGCAAAAUAAAUAAUGAAAUUCAAUAAGUUCAACAUGUAAUAGUCCACAUUAAGCAGUGACAGCUUUAUAAAAUAAGGUUAUGGUAUGUGGGGAAAAAAUAUUGGGGUCUAACAUCAUGAGACGAAAUGAAAAUUAUAUUAGUCCAGUUGGAACUGAAAAGCAAAGCUAUAGAUACCAUAUAGUAUAUACCUCUUCUAUGGCAAUGCAGUCUGUACCAUGCAGCACAACCAAGAGACUCCAAAGUGAGAACAAGCAGCAUAGAGCUUUCAGCCAGUCACUCCAAUAUCCUAUCCUCUAAUGACUUUUUUUGAUUAUUAUAAAAAAGUUAGGUUUUUAUAAUAUUAAAGCUGCUGACAUCAUGCAACAUGCUGAAAGGCUCUGACGUAUUUUACUUUUCUUGAAUUCCCCCGUCAAAUGGCUUCGAUCCUGUGCAUGCUGAGGUGCAUGAUUGAAUGGACGUUUAGACCAUUUUGUGCGGUGCAUUGUAGACCACACUGUCAUUGUUCUGUCAGCCUUGCAUCAUUUUUGCUCAGAGGUGGGAGAACACCCAGUUAUUUACUUUCAAAGUGAAUUUUCUUUGACUUGACUUUAAAUUUUUGUCACUCAAAACUGAAGUUAAAAAAAAUAUUAAAGAUUGUAAGUAGAGGCA